UCGUGUCAACAGGUAGUGUUUUUAUGACGUCACUAUUGUGUCUGUGUGUGGAAGGUCUAUACUGGCACUGCAUCUGUCAUCGGAAUUGGGUUUGUUCAAGAUAUUAUUGAGAAUAGAAUUCCCCAAUAGAUGCCAACCUGAUGUCAGCUUUAUUUUGACCCUCAGACUCUCCGGGACGUCCUCGGGAUGGCGUCAGACAGAGGCAGUGGCGUCACCGAGCUCGAAUUGAUGAACCUUGCCGAGAAGAUCGACGUCAAUACCUGGAGAAAGCUUGGACUCUGGUUGGACAUUCGGGAAGCGGCUCUUUCCAAAUAUGAAAGGGAGAACUGGUUUUCGGGUGCUGCCAGCAUCGGAACAUACAAGAUGUUGUGUGACUGGAGAAAGAAUUGCCUUGAGAUACAGCAAAGAGACAAACUCACCGAAGCACUGCAGAGAUGCGAGAUUGGACAUCUUGCCAAAGAAGUCUUAAAGCAGUCUCCAAGAGGCCUAUAUGGACCUGAGAUCAUUCCAAUCAGAGACAAGUUGAUAUCCUAUGCCAAGACGAAGCUUUUAAGGAUACCUCUCAUUCCAUGGGCUAAGAAGCGUUACAUUCAAGUUGAUUCCAUCUUCAUCUGUGUACAACUCAUUCUUCACAUCGUUGGUCCGGAUAUCCCUGUCCGAUGUCCACUGGAUUCUUACAAUGACAUUCUCACCGAGAACAUUGCCGAAGAGUCAUCGGAUUUGCCAAGCAAGCGGUUUAUUGUACGUGGCAAAGCCGGAAGUGGAAAGACAACUCUCCUCAUCAAGUUACUCUCAGACUGGUGCAAAGAGGUCGCUGGUGCCCUCCUUGCCAAAUUCAAGCUUGUGUUCUUUUUGCCAAUGCGUAAGCUGACAUUCCAGAGUAACCUUGGUGAAGCCAUUCUUCAGCAUUGUUUGCCUCGAGAUGCCAGUAUCAGCGCUGGAACGGUGGAACAGAUAUGCAGAGAGAACUCAAAAGAUGUGUGUGUUCUCCUGGAUGGAUAUGACGAGUUUCCUGGGAAAGGUCUCACUGGAGAAGGAGCUGGAAACAUUGUCUCCAUGCUCCGGAACGAUGAGUUUAUUGAUAUACAUGUCAUAAUCACCACUCGUCCUGGAAGAUUGGAGGAUUUUCUAGAAUAUGGAGAGUUCAAGCAUCUAGAAGUCACAGGUUUCACACAGGAACAUGUUCAGGAGUACAUUAGUAAAACAUUCACUGGUGCGAGGCAACAAAUUGGCACUAACCUCUAUGCAUAUCUAGAUGGAAACAAUCUCCUGGCUGAAGUGUCCUCCGUACCCUUACUCCUAUGUGCCUUUUGCCAAGUAGCCAGAUGGACCGAUGGGAUUGAGUUUGGAAAGUUAUCCACCUAUACGGCCUUAUUUCAGACUCUUGUACGAUGUUUCUUCGAACAUCAGCUUGCUAAACCAAAGGCUGUUGUAAGUCCAGCGUCUUCCCCAGACAAAAUAGAGGAGAAACCAAUCCCGAUAAUGACACAGGAGUUCCUCUUUGAUCAGCUCGGAAAAGUAGCCCUUUUAGGAUUCUUCAGAGAUAAGGAUGGUGAGUUGUUGUUUAGCGAAGAAGACUUUGAUAAGUGCACCAAGUCUCCGAGCGAAGUUAUUGAUCAGGGAUGUACUGCUGGCCUCAUUACGAGAGACGAUGAUGUAUCGGCUGAUCCUUGGGAGGAGCAGUCCUGUAUUCGUAACAUCUCAUUUGUCUUGAAGACAGUUCAAGAGAUGUUUGCCGGUAGGUACUUGGCACGACUGUUUGCACUGGGAGAGAGUGAAUUGUUUAGACAUUAUCUUCAUCUUGUGGACUCCGUUCAGAGAAUUCUAGAUCUGACAAAUGUUCUCAUGUUUGCAUGUGGUCAAUCACUUGAGGUAGCAGAGGAAAUCAUCGUUCACGUUGUAGAUCAUAUUGUCGAAGAGGACAGAGAAUCUAUACAGAGAUUUUGGAGUGGACAACUGCCAAUCAAUGAAUGCAGAAGAGUUCAAGAAAAGAUUGAACUGUGUCUAAACUUGAACUACGAGAGUCAAUGCCGAGGACAAUUCAACAAGCAUUUGCAACCAAUAUUCCACAUGAUUCGACUAUUUUCACCUCCCCAAAGGACAGCAAGGACCCUUGGGUAUAUGCUGCAACACUCUGUCCCAUCCCAAGUAGUCGCUUCCCCAACAAAGAACGGAAGGAGAAGCGAAUGUGAUUAUUUGGUCAGUACCAAUGAUGAUUCCAGCAGAUGCCAUAAUAAGAGUUCUGACGUAGAUCAAGGCUCUAAUAAAUCAGAUGAAAAGGAGCAUGUGGAUGACAGCAGCAAUGCCAGGGAUGGAAUUCUAGCUGUCCGUAGUCUGGAAAUAAUUCAUGUCAACGAAAUGUUUGACGAUCAAUUCAGACAGAUUAGAGAUUUCUUGCCCAAAGUAAAGAAAGACUUCUUCCAGAAUGUCAACAACCUUGCCAUGAUGGAGACGAACACUUGGUCAUCAAUCCGAAAUAGAUUGACAACGAAAAGCCCUGCUGAUUUCGAGGAUAUAGACCAUCUUUCAGACAAUCAAUUUGUAGCUUUUCUACCUGUCAAAGAAGAAAUGAAGAAAUGGCAGGUAAACGAGAUCUAUCUCGACGGGAUCCUCAAUGGUCUCAGGUACUGCCCAGUAGAAACCCUAGUGAUAACAGGGAUAGCAAGGCGGAGUCAGAAAUGGCGGGCUCUCUUUGACGCACUCUCAUCACCAGAGUGGAGGAGACUCGUCAAACUCGAUCUCAGUCGGAACAAUCUCUCCUCAGUACUGAUGUCUUUACUCGGUAGGGCACUUGUUGACAAGCCAAACCUCCAACAUUUCGACGUGAGCGGGAACGAAAUAAAGAAGAGUUUUGUCUCCUUGAUUCCUAGUUUGCCUAGUUUGCGUCGGAUCUACCUGAACUCUGAGCACAUGGAGCCUCAGACCUUGGCAGAGUUUGGAGGGAAGCUGGCUGGCUUGCCAAACAUCGAGGUGAUUGACCUAAACGACAACCCUCUAGACGAUACAGCCGCAGCUGAAGUUGGGGACGCUCUGCAGGGGUGCACGAAACUACAACGACUCCGUCUGGAUGUAAGUAAAGUCAGUGAGGGUGGUAUCAGUAGAAUGGUUGCAAAGAUCAAGUUCGUUCCAUCCCUUACCCACAUUGGACUCUACAAACAUCAUAACGCAGAUGCACUCGUGAAAAGUGUGACGUCAUCAUUGAACAAGCUACCAAAAAUCAUGUCGCUGUCAUUGACGUGCAGAGAGGAUGAUGAACUUCCUGAAGACUUACUUUCGGUCCGAUUGAGCACUACACAGUCUUUCACAAGAGCCAUAACCGCCCUUCCCAAGCUUCAGGUUCUUGAACUGUUCAAGGUUCGUUUGUGCGCUAGAGGUCUAGUUGGACUGCUCGAUGCGCUAAGCAGGAUGGAAACGCUCCAGGAGUUCAGGGUGGCAGCGGGCUAUCUACCUGAUGAUCAAGAAGCAGAGGAAGCAUGCAGGAACGCACAACAAACCUUCCUCAAGGUAUACUAGUCAUCCAUUGUUCCGUGUCAACUGGUCAUUAGAUUGAAUAUAAGGAAGUAGCCGAUGAAGAAAUUAUUGAACACUGCAGUCGCGUACUGCUCAGGUUGGAUCAAAACAUUGAUUUCAAAUCACGUAGAUUUAAUCUUGGAAACCAAAUUGAGUCGUUGUGUGUAUCAGAAUAGGAAUGAUGAGGAAGCCCCGGAUUGGGGUCAUUUUGUCGCGACGAAAUCAACAUGGCCGUGCAUUUGUUUUAAAGAUACAUUGAUCGUUGAUGUACUUAAUGUUUCAUUCCCUCCUCAAAAUUAAUGUCCCUCGUCGGCAGCAACAAAACAAAUGUAAUCUGAUAGUCUUCACAUCAUCUGUGUAAGAUCACCUGACAUUUUCACUCAUCGUUUCCAGGUGAAUUUCAAUGUAUUUUGAAGAUAUAUGUGCAAUACGAGGUCCAAAGCAGCCAAUUUGGACUUGUUACACAACCCAGCGUUUGUGCGAGCAAAGAGAAUUUGACGCGUGGAAUGUAAUAAAAUCGUUUAUUGCAUCGGACCGACGUGACACCUUUCAGUGCUAUUUGUAUUUAUGCCUCGUAGGACAA